CCCGCGUGCCUUGCAGCCAGACACCGCGCAGUCAGACGUCUUGACUUGUGACGUCGGGCGGUCCGGGGCUGAGCCUCAUAUUUGUAACUCCAGUAUGGUAUCCCGGAGAAGCUGCGUCCGACACCGGGCUCGAAACUCUUCCCGUUCUGCCUGCGGAUGAGCCCGGCCCGGGUCCUGGGCCAGCGCAGUUCAGACCCUGGGUCCACUUUCCCGCGCAUUCUCGCCCGCUGCGCCACCGGCUGCAUCCCGGGAUGCCGGGUAUCUCCGCCCGGGGCCUCUCUCCGGAGGAGAGGAGGCAGCUAGCUGUGAACCUCACGCGUGUCCUGGCACUCUACCGUUCCAUCCUGGAUGCCUACAUCAUCGAAUUUUUCACAGAUAACUUGUGGGACACACUCCCUUGCUCAUGGCAGGAAGCGCUGGAUGGAUUGAACCCACCACAGCUGGCCGCACUGCUACUGGGGAUGCCUGGGGAAGGGGAGGUGGUCAGGUACAGGUCGGUGUGGCCACUCACCCUGCUGGCCCUGAAGUCCACAGCCUAUGCCCUGGCCUUUACCCGGACGCCUGGCUUUCAAACCCCCUCAGAGUUCCUGGAGAACCCCAGCCAGAGCUCCCGACUGACAGCCCCCUUCCGGAAACACGUCAGGCCCAAAAAGCAGCAUGAGAUUCGGAGACUGGGAGAGUUGGUAAAGAAGCUGAGUGAUCUCACAGGAUGCACCCAGGUUGUGGACGUGGGCUCAGGCCAGGGCCACCUCUCCCGCUUCAUGUCUCUGGGGCUGGGACUAAAGGUGAAGAGCAUUGAAGGGAAUCAGAGACUGGUGGAGAGAGCCCAGCGCCUGGACCAGGAACUCCUUCAGGCUCUAGAAAAAGAGGAGAAGAACCCACAGGUGGCCCAAACAGGCCCUCGCCACUCCCCUUACCACGUGGUCCAGUGGGUGGACCCCACAGCCCUGUGUGGGGAACUUCUGCUUCCGCUGGACAGCUCACAGUGUGGCAGUGCCCGCCUGCUGCUGACGGGCCUCCACGCCUGCGGGGAUCUGAGUGUGGCCUUGCUGAGGCACUUCUGCUGCUGCCCAGAGGUGGUGGCCCUGGCCUCUGUGGGCUGCUGCUACAUGAAGCUUAGUGACCCUGGAGGCUACCCGCUGAGUCAGUGGGUGGCUGGGCUGACUGGCUAUGAACUGCCCUACAGGCUCCGGGAGGGGGCCUGCCAUGCCCUGGAGGAGUAUGCCGAGCGGCUACAGAAAGCUGGCCCUGGCCUCCGAACCCACUGCUACCGAGCAGCACUGGAGAUGGUCAUCCGACRUGCCCGGCCUGAGCUCCGUCGGCCUGGGGUGCAGGGGAUCCCCAGGGUCCACGAGCUCAAGAUCGAAGAAUACGUGCGGCGUGGGCUACAGCGAGUAGGAUUGGAUCCCCAUCUGCCGCUGAACCUGGCGACCCUCCGGGCCCACCAGGCCCAGGAGAACCGUGUGGUGGCCUUCUUCAGCCUGGCACUUCUUCUGGCCCCACUGGUAGAGACGCUGAUUCUGCUGGACCGGCUGCUCUACCUUCAGGAGCAGGGCUUCCAUGCUGAGCUCCUGCCCAUUUUCAGCCCAGAGCUGUCUCCUAGAAACCUAGUUCUGGUGGCCACCAAGAUGCCCCUGGGCCAGGCCUUCUCUGCCCUGGAGACUGAAGACAGCUGAAUACCCCGAGGCAGACCCUUCUGAAACCCCAGGGGUGCACAGCAGCCUGCGUCCUCCCUGGGAUCCCAGCUGUCUACCAACUCCGUUUCAUACUCUCUCUCUGUCGACGUUAUGUAAUAUUGUGUGAAGUUUUAUUGUUAAUUUAUUAAAAACUGGGCUGGGGGUGUGGCUCAGUGGUAGAGCACUUGCCUAGCAUGUGGGAG